ACUAUGCACGCUGCAGCGGAGCUACAUUAGAGGCGGAAGAGGACAGAAUCCCCCAGGAACCGCGGAGCGAGACCUCCACGCGUGUGCUGUUGCCAGGAAGCUCGCUCGUGUGCGGAGCCAAACUUUAAAGAGCCAUUUGUCUCCCCUCUGUUUGAAGACUGCAUUCCACUGAAUGGCGGCGACUGACGCGGAUAUGGCGACGGCGCCUUCUAGCCCCUGUAUCGUGAUCAGUGACGAUGAGCAAGGGUACGACCUGGACCUUUUCUGCAUCCCAAAGCACUAUGCCACUGACCUGGACCGAGUCUACAUCCCACACGGACUCAUCAUGGACAGGACAGAGAGACUGGCCAGAGAGAUCAUGAAGGAAAUGGGGGGGCACCACAUUGUGGCCCUCUGUGUGCUCAAAGGAGGCUACAAGUUCUUUGCAGACCUCCUUGACUACAUCAAGGCUCUGAACAGGAACAGUGACCGCUCCAUCCCAAUGACGGUGGACUUCAUCCGCCUCAAGAGCUACUGUAACGAUCAGUCGACCGGAGAAAUUAAAGUGAUCGGUGGAGAUGACCUAUGUACAUUGACGGGGAAGAACGUCUUGAUUGUGGAGGAUAUUAUCGACACGGGGAAGACAAUGCAGACGUUGUUGGAACUCCUCAAACAGUUCAAUCCCAAAAUGGUCAAAGUAGCAAGUCUGUUGGUGAAGAGAACACCAAGAAGCGUUGGCUACCGACCCGACUAUGUUGGAUUCGAGGUGCCAGACAAAUUUGUGGUGGGGUAUGCGCUGGAUUACAACGAGUACUUCAGAGAUCUGAACCAUAUCUGCGUCAUAAGUGAGUCGGGGAUGGAGAAGUACAAGGCAUAAAGAGCACUUUAUAAUCAUUUGAUCACUUUCGUCAAAAAUAAUUUGCUUGCUCAGGGUCCCAGAGGACAGACUGCUGAAGUGAUCUUUCUGUUUUAGCAAACCGACACAGUAGCUUCAACCCCUUGACAAAUUUAAUUAGCUUGAAUGGAAUCACAUCUGGCUGAAUCGCAUGGAGCUGAGCUUCACCUGAAAUUAGAGCAGUUCUUCUACGCCGCUGCCCCUCCUCCAAAAAACUUUAUUUUUAAGCAAUGAUCUAAUUUAUUCCUUCGCCACGCUGCUAGCUUUAAGGGCAAUUUCACAAUUGUUGUGCCACAUUGAUUUGACAAAUCAAUUGACAACUUUUGGAAUUUAA